CCAAUUCCAACUAGCUUGAAGUUCCAAUAACAGAGAAAAUGGACAAAGAAGCCCAGCUGGAACAGAAGAAGUCUCUGAUUUGGGAUUGUGGAAGCUCUCUAUACGACUCUUUCGAGCUGACAUCAAUCGAGAACCAGCUUCAAUCGGCCAUCCUCACCUCAAGGCGGACCUUAUCCAUGCUUCACUUGUCCUCUCAUUCUCAUUAUCAACCUCUACCACGGGCACGGGCUAAUAAGAGAUCCUCCUCCUCCCUCUCUCCCUUUAAGAUUUGUCGAUCUCUUAAGAAGUUUAUCCGCUUGGUUUUCAGGUCCAAACCACCUUCUGGUUCCUUGUUCCGGGUGGAGGAAGACCAAUCCGGUUCAGUUUCAGGUGGGCUUUCAACGAUUCCAGAGGUUCCUGAGAUGGGUUUUGACUCGUUACCAAAAAGAGCCGCUUCCCAACGUUUUACACCUUCUACUCGCCUCGGCGUUUCCUGUGCUUAA